AUGAUUGGUCAGCCUGAAGCCCAGUGGUUUGAUGGUCUUGCAUUACAUUUCAUAAAUGAACGUAAGGAAAGCAUACUAAUACCUUUAACACAUGUGCUGAAUGCCGCAACAAAGGAAGGUAUAGUUCCAGAUUCACUAAAUUCAGUUAAAGUAAAGACAGCAUUUAAGAAAGGAAAUACAGACCAAUUACGAAACUGCAGUUUUAUAAGUAAAAUUAAAAUAAUGCACUUGUCAAAACAUCGUUUCAGAAAAUUGAAAUCAACAAUAACAGUAUUAACAGAGUUUCUUGAACAUAUUGUUAGUUUAUUCGACAGGCAACAGAGGACUCGCAAGGUCUACAAGGAACUGUGUAAACCUUUUGACUGCAUGAGACAUUCCAAGCUAAUGCAGAAACUCUGUCAGUAA